UGUAUGCUUCUCGUGAAAUGUUUAAACGAUCCGUUCGUUGACAUCGCUAACAUGCAGGGUUAUCUACGUACAGAUUAGAUAACGAACCUCGAGGCCGAUUAUCAUUGGAGGUUUCGUAUAUUUUAUGUAAUUUAGUGGCCGCCAGUAUGUUAGCUUAUGUUUUCGAUUGAGUAGUGAUGUUUACGUCUUAAAGAAAGGAAUUUGCUCAUUCGCGUAGUGAUAACAGCUUCGACAGUGUAUAUUCAACAUGGAGAGAGUGAAGCAACUUCUAUUAAAAAAGCCAUCAAAAAGCGAUCUGGAUGAUGGGCUGGAGACCGCAGCAGAGUACACAGAACGCUGGACGUCAGUGCGAAUAAUAUAUUACACUAUGUUUCUGAUGUCAUUAGGAUUCAGCAUCAUAUUGACUGGGGUAUGGCCAUACCUAGAUAAGCUAGAUCCCCAUGCUGGCAAGGAGUUCUUAGGCUGGAUAGUUGGUGCAAAUCCUGUGGGUCAAAUGAUCUUCAGCCCGCUCGUAGGCUGGUGGGGGAAUCGACUUGGAUCCAUUCGUUUGCCCCUGCUCUGCUCGUUAGGCCUGUUUUCCAUCGCGAGUGCACUCUACUCGUGCCUGGAGCUCUUUCCUGUUCACCAAAAGUAUUGGAUGCUCUUUUCUCGGUUUCUGAUCGGUGUCAGCUCUUCGAAUGUAGCGGUAUGUCGUUCGUAUCUAUCGGCGGCCACAAAAAACGAGGAGCGUACUGGUGCCGUGUCGAUGGUAUCUCUUGCGCAAACUCUUGGAUUCAUCGUUGGACCUGUGCUGCAAGGAGCUGUUACCUUAUUCGGUGAAGAAGGCUUUCCUCUGUUUCGCAACAAACUGCAUCUUAAUAUGUACACUGCAACCGGGUGGAUCAAUGUGGUAAUGGGCAUCCUAAACUUUUGCUUGUUCCUACCGUACGUGUUCAAAGAAAAACGUAUAGCAGCUCGCGAGGCUAUGAUGCAGCAAGGAAUGCAGUCGGAAAAAGAAACGUGGAAAUCGAUGAAGCCCGACUAUUUAUCCGCCUGGACAUUGAUCUGCGCCUUCUUUAUUUUGGUCUUCAACUUCGUAUUUUUAGAAACCUUAGCUACUCCGUUGACGAUGGAUAUGUUUGCGUGGACGAAGGGCGAAGCAUUAUAUUACAUGGCAUGGGUAAUGGCAGUAGGGGCCAUUCUGGCAAGUACGAUUUUCCUCUUGAUUGAUCCGCUUUGUAAGCGGAUAUCGGAGCAGUACGUGCUCAUUUGGGGUGGUUUUUUUCUCAUGGUACUCGGCCGCGCAGUCUAUAUGCCGAUGGGUGAUUCCCCGCCAAAGCUAGCGCUGGCGGAAAACGUAACCAUGUCUUCUUUGGGGAUAGAAGGACUUUCGCCCUAUGUUUAUGGAUCGAAUUUUACACAAGUGUACUCAAACUUGACAAGAGUAGACUUCGACAGUGGUGUUCCCACAUCUGAACCUUCUGUAAAUUUUAGUAAUGCAAAAGAUUCAUUGGGAUGUCCGCCAUCUCAAGAGUGGUGUAAAACUACUCGUGGUAUGACUGUCUUCCAAUUCCUACUAGGUUACGCUUUUACGGCCAUUGGGUACCCGAUUGGGGUUACUUUGAUUUCAACGAUUUUCUCGAAAGUUCUUGGACCUCGUCCACAGGGCACAUGGAUGGGAAUAAUGACGGGUUCGGGUUGUUUGUCGAGGGCAUUGGGGCCUGUCUUUCUCUCUACAAUCUACACCAAGUAUGGUCUUUACUGGACGUUCGGUACUACGGCAGUCAUGAUGGCGGUUACGAUGUUAUGGUUAUGGCAAAUGAGAGAAAGGCUAGUUCCCAUGAAAUACGACGUCACUGGUAAAGGGGAAGAGCUGGUAGCAGUGAUCGCUAAGCCAUCUGUAAAAAAAAGUCUGGGUGAUGAAGCAGAUGGUCUCAACGGUUGUCGUGAAGUAAGCAACCUUGCUGGAGAUAACUGAUUCUGUACCAAAAAAAAGUUGUUUCUACUUUGUAAGUCAUGACUUCAGCUAAUUUUUUACGAAUUUUAGUACUGAAAAAUGAUUUCGUUGUGAUAUUGUCAUCGUCGAUGUGUGAAAUCUGUCAGAAUGUGUUCAAGCAACA